AUGAGGGAGUAUCAUCGACACCCCUUUGAUCCUGGUAUCCCACUGGCAUACCAGGGUCUAGAUGAUGGCAGUAUCAAUCAACCAGAGGAUCGCGUCAGUGAGAUUGAUCUUGCCCGUGCACAACUCCAUAUUGGCGGCAGCCGCUCCGGAUGGGAAGAAGCCGUGUCAUUUCCUUUUCCAGAACAUCCGCAGUCACCAAGUCACCAAAGCAUCAGAUACAAGCCGCAACCAGAGUCGGUUGUCAAUAGUCCUUUUCGCCCGCGUCUGAAUACUUUUGCGCCACACGCUCAGUGGUCCCCUGGUAUCGGUGCAUCACCCGUUUUUGCGGCCUUCGUUGACCCCGAGGACAGUGAUCGAGGGUCAGUAGUGGUGGAGAAUUUCCAGCAUGGUAUUCCGUUUGAAGAUGGCCAUUUUCCAAGUGUCAUGCAGGAUCAUGGAGUUGCUGGACUCAAACUGCCGCCAAUUCGCAGCGACUCUGGCCAUCAAGAUACUCAGCUUCCAGGCAUUCAUCAAAUUCUUGGUCUCCCCAUGACCCACCAGAAAACUGCCUCAGUUCAUUGUCGCAAACACCAAGAGGGCCCGUUGUUGAAAGCAGAGACAUUGUUUGUGGAUGGGCGUUCAAAGCGAACACACAAGCGCGGGAGAGGAUCGUUUGAGGCACCGGAUGCCCCAGAUAAAGCUGGCCUUGUAUGCCGUUCAACACCAGCAUUCUUCAACCAGAUGUCUCCCACGCAAGAUAUGAUGCAGUCCAACGAUAUGGAACCAUCACCACCAAAGCGACCAUAUCGUUUGCCCCGCGGGAUGUUCGGAAUACCUUGUCAUCCCCCAGGAGUCUCUCCGCCACCCAAGACUCCGGUAGCAGAACCCCAAGGAGUCCCUUUGCCUCCCAAGACCUCGAUAGCAGAAUCCGCACCAGGCAACAUCCAGCCGGCACAGAGCCCGAGAGAUAUCGGGGCGAAUUCGCAAGCAAAGCUGAUUGUGAAAUUGGCAUCGAGGUCGGCAUCCCGUAUCACUCAGAGACCCCACGAAGUCUUCAGCGAAGAGCAGUGCCAAAAGAUGUUGUGGCUUGCCCUUCAUGGAGUAUCACGUCCGACUAUUGCGCGACUGCUGUACAAUGACGUCGACAAAUCCAAACCAUUUUCCAACAAGACCGAGCUUGUGGCUGGCAUUGAUAAGUUGGUACGGCUCUUCAUCGCCGAGCUUGCGUUGGACCAAGAUAGAAGGGGAGUUGACGACAUGGUUGAGCAUCUGCUGCAAGAGGGAGAUCGCCUGGACUGGAGUCCGUAUCUACUGCGGCAAGCAGUUGGUGUCAUGAGUACUUCUGGAGAUGAGGCCACCCAAAGUCAAGAGGUUCGAGAGGUCGCUUUGGAGCGUCACGCACUCUCUAAGUGGCGAAGCACUCAUGGUGGCGAGAAUCCGUUUCAACCCAGCCUGGGCAGCACGCGUCGAAAUCAGUUGCAGGCAUUCCGAGGAUUGAUGAGAGAAUCAGUGGAGCAAGAAAUGAUGGAACAGCUUGGAUACCAAGAGGACAAUCAUGACAUGGAGAGAGCACUGAUGAAGAAGUGGUUGCUCAAGAUUCGCGAACUCGGCAAGCUCCCUGACCGUCUGAUGGAGGCUGGACUCGGAGCGCACAGCUCAAGUCCAGGAGACGCUGACGAGUUCGGUGAUAGCAAGAUGCCAUCGUGA